AUGGCACCCCAGGUUCUACUGCCCAUCCUGCUUCUGUGUGUACUGCUGCUGCAAGUCCAGGGAGGGCCCCUCAAUCCCUACCAGAAGAGACUGAGGAAAAUUAAGGUCUGUGAGAAGUUGCCAAGCAUACAUCAGUGCAGUCGCCAUUGUUCAUAUUUCCAAGAGUGUCAAGCAUAUAAUGUGUGCUGUUCCACCUUCUGCGGGAAUGUCUGCAUGAGCCUUCUGUGA